AUGGAAGACAAGUGUACUCCAUCUCAUCUCCCGCUCGCGCGCAGAUUCUGCCUCAACGCCAAAGGCCUCCCCUACAAGACCAUCUGGGUCGAAUUCCCGGACAUCGAGGCCUCCCUCGCCAUCGCCCGCUACCUCGAGCGCACGUACCCCGGCCCCGUCGCGCUCAUCCCGCCCGCGCUCGACGGCCUCGUGGGCGACUUCCAGAAGGCGGUCUGGGCCGCGUUCGGGCUGCCGAUGAUGAGGCUCGUCGUCCCCGCGGUGCACGCGACGCUCCGCCCGGGCGCCCGGCCGUACUUCCGCGCGACCCGCGAGGCGCGGUUCGGGCAGCCCCUCGAGGAGCUCGCGCCCGCGGGGAGCGCGCUCCGCGCGGAGUGCUGGCGAAGACGCGGGAGCGGCGGGGGUGCUCGCGGGGUGAGGACGCUGCUGGUCAGCGACGCGCUACCGGUGUCGUACGCGGACGCGAUCAUGGUCAGCUGGCUGUACUGGUUCAGGGAGUGCUUGGGCGAGGAGAGCGGGGAGUGGAAGACGAUGACGGCUUGGCAUGGCGGGAGGUGGGUGAGGCUUAUGGCCGCGAUGGAGAAGUACGCCCAAGUCGACUCGGGAGAGAGCGUUCAACUGUCAAAGUUGUAG